AUGGCGACAGACCAUGCGACCAUGGCUGAGCGAAUUGAGCUGCCAUCGCUCCCACCUAACCAGGGUCUGGAGGCGCUGAAGGACAUUGUCUUCGGUUCGUUUGCAGGAAUGGCCGGCAAAUUGAUCGAGUAUCCCUUCGACACCGUCAAGGUCCGACUCCAAUCGCAACCCGAAACCCUCCCACUUCGCUACACAGGACCCUUGGACUGUUUCCGCCAAUCCUUCCAAGCAGACGGGUUCCGCGGACUGUAUAGAGGCAUUAGCGCGCCUAUGAUCGGUGCAGCUGUGGAAACCAGUUGUCUCUUCUUCAGUUAUCGCCUCAUCCAGGAUACCCUGCGCGCCACAGUCUACGGCAAUGUGGAAAACCUCCCCUUCCCCGCUCUGAUCGCGAGCGGUGCCCUCUCUGGCUCGGUCACAUCCCUCGCGCUCACCCCCAUCGAACUUGUGAAAUGCAAAAUGCAAGUGCCGGCCGAGUCCGUCAGUCUCAAACCGACCGGCCCCAUGACAAUCAUCACCACCAUUUUCCGCCAAGAAGGACUCAUUGGCUUCUGGCGGGGCCAGAUGGGCACUCUGAUCCGAGAGACAGGUGGCAGCGCCGCCUGGUUCGGUGGAUAUGAAGGCGUGUCGGCUCUCUUCCGUUCCUACAAUCAAAAGCAUACCCAGCACGCGGAUUCGCUGGCCCUCCAUCAACAAAUGAUCGCCGGUGCCUCGGCUGGAAUCAGCUACAAUUUCCUCUUCUACCCAGCCGACACUGUCAAGUCACGCAUGCAGACCGUGGACAUCUCCCAGCUACCCGUCAGCGCACAGCGUCAGACUUUUUGGAGUGUGACCAAGGCCCUGUGGAGACAGCAAGGGCUGAAGGGCAUGUACCGCGGGUGCGGGAUCACCUGCGCGCGUUCGGCGCCUAGCUCGGCCUUUAUUUUCUCUGUUUAUGAAGGAUUACGGUCCCACUUUGGAUGA